UUGGAGUAUCAUAAAUACCUACUUUAUCGACAAACUGCACAAGAGCAAUCUUUAAACAAUUAUGACAAUUAUUUGGAAAAUUUCUAUCGGUAAUAAAGAUCAGUAAAAAUCAUUAUCAAAGAAUUGUAUUCUACCACACAAGAUUGAGUGUUGAUUAAAAACUUCGACAUACAUGAGCUUAGUCAUAUCAAGUAGAUAAUGGCGGCGACCACAGUCAUGUCACAGAGUCAUGGACUUCAAAUGAAGAAAAAAGAGGAUGUUGAAAAUAAAGACAACCUUUGGUCUUCGAUUUUAGCUGAAGUUCAAAAUAGUGGAAAUAAUAAAUUACCUUCUAAUAAGAACGUUCUCGUACUAGGUGACAAUGAAAGUGGUAAAACAACGCUCAUUGCAAAGCUACAAGGAGUUGAAGAUCCAAAGAAAGGAUCUGGGUUAGAAUUUGCAUAUAUUGACGUCAGGGAUGAUUACAGAGACGAUCAAACAAGAUUAUCGGUAUGGGUAUUAGAUGGAGAUCCUGGUCAUGCAAAUCUUUUGAGAUUUGCAUUGAAUGCUGAAAGAUUUCCACAUACUUUAGUGAUGCUUGUAGCUGCAAUGACAACACCUUGGGCAAUACUCGAUCAACUGCAAAAUUGGGCUUCGCUCCUUAGUGAUCAUAUUGAUAAUCUACCAUUAGAUAAUGAUACUCAACAACAAUGUAGACAAAAAAAUCUUAAAAAAUGGCAAGACUAUACAGAACCAGGCGACGAAUUAGACCCAGGGAGUCCAUUAAGGCGUACAAGCCGUAAUUUAGACGAUGAUGCAGAUAAUUUACCAUUACCUGAAGGUGUACUCACUUCUAAUUUAGGCCUUGAUAUCGUUGUUGUAAUUACGAAGACAGAUUACAUGUCAACUCUUGAGAAGGAGCAUGAUUACAAAGAUGAACAUUUUGACUUUAUGCAACAGUGGAUUAGACGAUUUUGCUUACAAUAUGGCGCAGGUCUUUUUUAUACCUCUGCAAAAGAAGAUAAAAAUUGCGAUUUGCUGUAUAAAUAUCUUACUCACAGAAUUUAUAAUCUGCCAUUCAGAACACCUGCGUUAGUGGUAGAAAAGGACGCUGUUCUAAUACCUGCUGGUUGGGAUAACAUGAAAAAGAUAGGUAUUCUGUAUGAAAACUUACAAUCGAUGAAACCAGAUGAUUAUUACUCGGAUAUUAUUGCCCAACCAUCGAUAAAUAGAAAGUGUUUAACACGUGAAGUAGAAAUUCAAGCAGAAGAUGAACAAGCAUUUUUAGCUAGACAGCAAGCUACAUUAUCUGGGUCAAGAGACCCAACUAGAUCGCCUACUACCCGAAAUCAGGCAAGCUCAGGGCCCAUGAUACAGGUGCCAUCGCCUAAUAAGAAGUUGGAUCCCAAAGGCACUGGCACAACUCCGUCGGGCGAAGGUGUCUUGGCAAACUUUUUCAAUUCAUUGCUGAGUAAAAAGACUGGCCCAUCUCCUGGAGGACCGGGAUCAGCACCCGGAAGUACUGGCACGAGUCCAAUUAAAAUUGAAGGUGGACCAGUAGAUAAAACUACAAUGCGCAAUGAUGCUGCUGCAGAGUUAGAUCGUAUUACUCGGGCUAAAAAAUUACCGUCGCUUGAUCUUAACACAUCAAUAGAUUGUUAAUAUAGCAUAAAUAAUUAAGAUAAUUUAUUAAAUAUAUGUUUACAAAGGCAUGCAAUGAUAAAGAUAUAUCAAAUUUUUUCAUACGUUAAUUAUUUAAUGAAUAUUAAUUAAUAACUGCAAAUAAGUUGGCUGUAUUAUUAUUUUUUUUUUAAAUUUUAAUUGCGCUGUUACCGUGCAGUUAUUGUAAUACAUUUAAAAUUUUAAGAAUAAUAUUAAGCGGUUGUGUACAUUUUUUUGGCCAAUUACAAUAAUUUGAAGAAGAAGCUAUUGUCAUAAUAGGAUAUCACAUUUUUUCUAGUUACUGUAAUUUAAACUAAUAAAUCAUUUUCUUACUCAAACUAUUAAGCAAUAAUUAUUGUUAUUAUUUAUUUAUAAUCCG